CCAAAAGUUGUGGCCCGCCAGGGGGUUUCUUGGGGUUUUCCCAAAGUCCAGGGCUCCGACGAAUCGACGUAUAUUACACUUUGUAACGGGCCAUGAUUUUACGUAACUCACAUUUAUAAAUGUACGCCCCGCGCACAUGCCCACUUAAAUCACCCAAAAUGUACUCCCCGCGCACAUGCAUGUCUACUGUGGGCUUUACCAUACCAUGCUCCUGGACCUACCUACGUAUCGGCACUGAAACCCUGGCAUCCUCCUCGCUCUCGCCGCCAUCCACAACCUCGCUCAAGGCGCAAGUCAGCGCCGCGGCGCUCACCGCGACCAAGAACGCCGCGGCGCUGUACGGCGGUGCGGUGUACCUGCACCACCAGCACCAGCAGCAGCAGCAGCAGGCCGCCGGCACGCCGCCGCCUGUGGCCAGCCUCACACUCAGCGGCGUGACGCUCACUGAGAACACAGCCAGAUAUGGGGGCGCUGUGGCGAGCGACGUGGGCACUAAUGUGUUGCUCGUGCAGAAGAACGGCGCCACGCUCUCGCUCAUAAAGAACAACACAGCUGCACAGCAAGGCGGCGCGUUCCAUGUGGCGGGUGUGCUCACGUCCUUCACGCUCGCUGAUGGCUCUAGCGUUAUGCACAACAAGGCCACUGCCGGUGACGGCGGCGCCCUGUACGCCGGCGGCCACGUCACACAGCUGCGGCUGUCGGGCGGCAGCCAGCUGUCAGGCAACUCCGCCGGCGGGUCGGGCGGAGCCGUGUUCGCCGUUGGCACCAGCCUGGCCGCCCUGCCCGCCGCCACCCGCGCCGACGUCAGGUCCCGCCUGGCGGCGGUGCUUCCCACCGAGUGGGCGGACAUGAGCGGCAUUGUGGCCUUUGUGGCCGCCGCCGUCAGCGGGGCCGCCGCCAGCCUCAGCCUGCAGGCACUGGUGCUGGAGGGCGGCUCCGCGGUGUCGGGCAAUGCCGCGCUGUCGGGCCGCGGCGGCGCCAUCGCGGGCGAUGGCCACAUUCUGAGCCUGCCGCUGCUGGGCGCCAGCGCCGGCGGCGGCUUCAUGGCCGGCAACACCGCAGCAACUCGGGGUGGCGCGGUGGCCACCGAUGGCCUUAUCGGCGACGUGACCAUCUCAGCCGCAGCCGCCAUCAGCGGCAACACCGUCAGCGCCGGCGGGACCGGCGGGGCGCUUUACGCCGGGCAGGGCCUGCUGAGCCUGACGGUCAACACCGGCGCCGCCAUCACUGGCUUUACCGCAGCCCAGGGCGGCUUCGCCUAUGCGGGCCAGGUGAUCGGCACCGUCACCAUCGCCGACGGCAGCUCUGUUACCUCCAACACCGCCACCUCCGGCGGCGCCUUCCUCUACGCCGGCUACGCGGUGGCGCGUGUACUCCUCACCACCGGCAGCUCCGUGUCCGGCAAUGGUGGCAGCGCCGUCGUGUUCUCCGGCGGCGUCAUGGGCAGCCUGGAGCUAGCCGACGACAGCCACCUGCACCAUAACACCGGAGGUGGUGUGUACGCGGCGGGCGUGCCGCUGGCUGACUGUCCCACAUUGGCAGCGCAGGUGGCGGCGCUGAUCGCCGGCACCGUGGCUCCGGGGCAGCGGUCUGAGGCGCCGGUGGCGGCGGUGCUGGAGGCCGUGCGCGGUGGGAAGGCGGGCAUUGGGCGUGUGUCAGUCAGGGGCCGUAGCUCCAUUCACCAUCAGCAGGCCACCGGCGCCGCCAUCAGCAGCACCGCCAUCGGCGGCGCGGUGGGCAGCGGCGGCCACAUCCUGGGUGUGUUCGUGUCGGACAGCUCUGUCUACAGCUGCGGCGCCUACAGCGGUGGGGUGGUGGGCAGCGAGGGCAUCAUUGCCAAUGUGGACAUACGCAACGGCAGCCGCCUGUAUGACAACACCGCCACCAUGUACGGCGGUGUGCUGUACGGCGGCAUGGGCAUCUUCAACACACGCCUGAGCGGCGGCAGCAAGGCCGACCGCAACCGGGCAGACGCAGGCGGCGUGCUGGCGGGCCGCGGCGUGUUGGCCGGAGUGGCCGCGGAGCGCACCACCUUUGAAAACAACCUGGCGACAUCGCUGGGCGGUGUGGCGUACGCCGCAGUGCUGAUCACGGACUGGGCUAUGUCGGACGGCAGUGCGGCGCUGGGGAACGGCGCGGUGACGGCCACGGCGGAGACGCUGGGCACUGAGCCGUUCUACAACUUCGAGCUGCAGGAGGACAUGUACCACCAGCUGUGCCUGUUCGUGCGGCGCCUCAACGCCAGCGCCGUGCCGCCCGAGUGCACCGGCGGCCUGCCCUACCCGGACGACUACGCGCGCGGGCCCCGGCCGGCACGCAACGUGUCGUUCGCUCUGGCGCCCGUGCUGCCGGGCCUGCUGACUCAGCUGGGCCUGGCAAUCAACAGCCCCGUGUGGACCGGCAUCAACGUGACCGGAGCCGGUGGGGCGCUGUUCUCGUGGGGCAACAUCGACAAGUUUGUGGCGACCGGAAACACACGGAUUGAGGGCAACCGCGCUGAAAGGUACGGUGGCUUUAUGGCGGCGGUGGGCUUGAUCCGGGGGCUGCAGGUCAGCAGCGGCAGCCGCGUGGUCGCGAACAGAGCCCUCUGGAGCGGCGGCAUGGCAUUUGCGUACGGCAACAUCACGGACCUGGUGUUUCGCGACAACACCUCCGUGACCACCAACGUGGCGUACAUGGGCGGAGUGGUGACCACCCUCACCGGCAUCAAGCGCUUUCGAGUCGUUAACAACUCCACAUUCAGAGAUAACUUUGUCAACGCGACGGGCGCAGCCAUUUACCUGGGCGGCUGGAUCCACGAGAACACUGUGAUGAUCGGCUGGCUGGGCGACCUGGAUGACAUGCUACUCGCCAACAACAGCGGCUUCUACGCCAACACGGCCCUGUGGACUGCAGGCGCCAUCUAUGUCGGUGGCAACCUCACAAACGUUCUCGUUCAAAAUAACUGCGGCUUUGAGAAGAACAACGCAACCAGUGGAGGUGGCGUUUUUCAUGUCAUCGGCAACGUGAACAACUUUGUUUGCGAGCGCGGCUGCCGCAUGAGCGGCAACUACGCGCAACACGCCGGCGUGUUCCUGGUACACAACAACGUGUGGAACUUCACGCUGCAGCACGACAGCGUCAUCGAGGACAACAUCUCCGGCGGCCACGGCGGAGUGUUUUCCAUAUAUGGCGAGGGCGACCUGCGGAACCUGACGGUGCGCGGCAACAGCCACGUGCGCGGCAAUGUGGCGCUGGCCGACGGAGGUGCCAUCGCCGUGUGGCGCAUCUUCCCGGAGGGCUACAUGCCGCAACCCGGCAUCAAUGGCAUCACGGUGGCGGAUGGAAGCAGCUUUGCAAACAACCGCGCAUUUCAGUCUGGAGGCGCCAUCUCGGCCACCGGCCCGAUCUCCAACGUGGUCGUCUCCAAUGGCAGUUACUUCGGUGGUAACCUGGCGAAGGGAGGUGGCGCCCUCCGCAGCAACUCCUCCGUCACCUCGGUCCUCGUGACUGGCCAGUCGAGCAUGUUCAACAACUCGGCUGGCGAUGACGGCGGCGGCGUGCUGAGCUGCAACGGCGACCUGCGCGACUUUGUGGUGGCGGACGGCAGCGCCCUGGACUCCAACCGCGCUGCCUUCUUUGGCGGCGCGCUGCGCGUGGCGGGCUCGAUGCAGGGCCUCCAGGUCAGGGGCGGCAGCCGCGCCGUGAACAACGCCGUCACGGGGCGGGGCGGGCUGCUGUGGUGCGGCGGCGCCGCCAGUGACGUCGUCGUGGCGGCGGCCUCCAACCUCAGCCGCAACAGCGCCACCCGGGAGGGAGGCGGGCUGUACGUGGGCGGGCGGCUGGCGCGUGUGUCCGUGUCCGGCGUGGCACGCGUGGAGGACAACAGCGCGGGCAAGCUGGGAGGCGCCUUCUACGCGGCGGACGGGGUGGAGGGCUUCUUCGCCGGCGUGCAGAGCACCCUGUCACGCAACCGAGCGUCGUCCGGCGGGCUGCUCGCCAGCAACGGCAGCAUUGUGUCCUUCAUCGUCACGAGCGCCUGUGACGUGAGCGAGAACGCGGCCUUCCUGGACGCGGGCGGUGCGGUGUACGGCGCCAAAGACAUUCGCGAGGUGGAGGUGCGGGACGGCAGCGCGGCCUGGUGGAACGACGCGAGAGAGAAGGGAGGCUUCAUGUACGCGGCUGGCAGCAUCACGGACUUCAUUGUGUCGUCCAGCGUGUUCGCCUUCAACCGCGCGGGCCUGCUGGGGGGCGUGGUGGCGGCGGCCGGCAGCCUGGAGCACGUGGCCCUGAUGCUGGGCUCGGAGAUGCACGACAACCGCGUCAGUGGGCUGGGUGGUCUGGGUGGGGCGCUGCAGGCGGGAGCCAUUGUGGACGUGGCGGUAUCGGGCGGCAGCGGCAUGUGGGCCAACGCCGCCACAGAGAACGGAGGAGCCAUCCACUCGGCCAGCUCCAUCAGGGGCCUGUCCAUCUCACAGCAAAGCCGCCUGGAUAACAACACAGCGGGAGCAUCGGGCGGUGCGGUUUUUGCGGGUGAGGAUGUGUCCAGUCUGUUCCUGCUGGAGGGAGCCAACAUGACCGGCAACAGCGCGCGAGACCACGGUGGCGCAGUGGCCUGCAGCGGCCGGCUGGCUAACAUGCGCCUAGAGGACGGCUCGCACCUCAGCUUUAACGCCGCCGGGAAGAAGGGCGGAGCCGUGUACGCUGCCAAUGUGGAGCUGACCGCCUCCCGUGGCGCCGCGCUGCUGGGCAAUGCCGCCACUUGGGGAGGCGCGCUCUACGUGCAGCGGGCCCUGGACUGGCUGGUGCUGGAGGCAGGCAGCAGGCUGGCCGGCAGCAGGGCGGGGGACUCCGGGGGCGCCGUCUACAUUGUGGGUGACGGCGCCGCGGCCAGCAACAAUGCGUCGGCGGGCGCCACCGCCACGGCGGGCAGCGGACCUGCCGCGGGACCCAGCAGUGUGGUGGUGCGCGGCAGCAGUGUGGUCGAGGACAACGUAGCGGCCGCAGCCGGAGGCUUCCUGUUCUCCAUCCAGGGCAACAUCUCGAGUCUGCAGGUGGACGACCGCAGCUCCCUAGCCAACUGCACGGCGGCGGGCGGCUCCGGUGGCGCCGUGUACAGCGGCGGCGCCAUCGCCUCCGUGCGGAUCACAAAUGGCAGCAGCGUCAAACACAACAGCGCCUCCCAGAUGGGCGGCGCAUUCUUCUCGGCUCUGGGCUUGGAUGAGGUGGUGGUAUGGGGCGGCAGCUCGCUGUCCGCCAACCAGGCCGCGCUGGACGGCGGCGCGGUGGCCGCACUGGGAGUCAUGCGGCGGGUGCUGGUGGCGGAGGGCUCCAGCAUGGACGACAACAGGGCGGUCGGCGGCCGAGGCGGCGCAGUGUACACACCCAAUGCACUCGCCAACCUGACGGUGGCUGGGGGCAGCUCCGCCAGCCGCAAUCGCGCCGCGGGUGGCGGCGGCCUGCUGCACAGCCUGCCGGGCUUGGCGGCGCUGGAGGUGAUGGGUGGCAGCACCCUGGAUGGAAACAUCGCCACUGCAGGGGAUGGCGGCUGCGUUGUGGCGCAGGUUGUGGCGCGUGUGCGGGUGUCUGGCAGCACGCUGCGAAACAACCGGGCUGCGGCUGGGUACGGCGGCUGCGUGUCUAGCCGCAAUGUCAGCAGCGUCGUAAACGCCAUCACUACGGCUGGCAACGUCACGACUGCCAUCCCGCUGGACUGGGUCGUGGUGGGCAGCCUCCUGAGCAACAACACAGCCACCGCGGAAGGCGGUGUCUUCUACAUGAAUGCGGCCCAGAACUCCGCCACCGCCUCCACUUUGCAAAUCAGCGACACAGAGGUCGUGGGCAACAGGGCUGAGGGUGGACGUGGCGGCGCGUUUGCGGUUGUGGGCAACUGCCACGUGGACGUGACCGGCUGCUCGCUCGCCAACAACACCGCCUCAACCUCUGGCGGAACUUUGGCGCUUUGGGACCCAGCGGUGGCCUCAGCUGCCUCCCUACGCCGCCGGCACCGCCGCUCCCGCAGCCUACUGCAGCUCACCAACAGCGGCAGUAUCAGCGCUGCCGGCAUCACUGCAACGCAGGCCAUCGCGGACGUCUACCCCGUCAACAGCUCAGCAGCCUCACGCUUCGACGCCUCCAGCUCGGUAUUCAGCUUCAGCCUGGCCGAGGCUGGGGACGGCGGCGCGGUGUGGGUGUAUGGCGCCACACACGCGAUGCUCCAGGGCUGCAGUUUCGGCCACAGCCGCGCGCACAGCGAUGGUGGGGCGGUGGCGCUGGCAGGCGUGGCGGCGGUGGUGGUGCUCAACACCAGCGUGAGCCGCUGCCGCGCCGUGGUGGGGCACGGCGGCGGCCUGAGCGCUGUCGGCAGCGACCAGGUGGUCAUCACCGGCAGCGACCUGUCCUCCAACGCGGCUGUGCAGGCAGGCGGCGUAUACAUCGCACCUCCCUCGCCACUGCUCAGCUACAGCUCCGCCCCAGCGAUCCUCAUCCACGACACACGGAUGAAUGACAACAGCGCUGGAAAGCUCGGCGCCGCCGCCGCGCUGCCCUCCGCCAACUACCCCGGCUUUGCGGGCGGCCUGUUUGUCGGCUACCACACCGCCUCCGUGCUGGUGUCCCAGUCGGACCUGGGCGGCAACUGCGCCUGGCUGGGGUCGGCCGUGGUGUCGCUGGUGGACCGCUCCACCAACACCUCCGACCUGAGGGGCAUGGAUUCGGCGGGCCUGGUGGCCUGGCUGGAAGCCGGGAGCAAUGCCACGAGCAGCAGCGAUGCCGGCAGUACCGGUGCAACUGGCGCUAGCAGCACCACCACGACCACCACCACCACCAUGCUGCAGCGGCUGGGCAACCUGACCAGCGCCAUGCAGGACUUUGUGGUGAGCGCCCCGGGCGACAGCGCGGAUGCGGAGCUGGUGGAGCAUGCCAGUAGCUUCAUGUUCGUGCAGCGCACCCUGCUGAAUGACCCGGCGGCCGACAACAACUGCAGCAGCUACCACACAGACACCGGAGCUGACCUUGUGCCCGCAGAGCGCCAGUCCUCCGCUGUGUGGGUGGAUGACAUCGACACCCACGGCGUCUUCUCCGACGACGCCUGCAGCUACCGCGAUGGCGUGUGCUUGACCACCUCCCUUACCGCCGGGCUGACGUGGCUUGAGGGCCCCGCGGCGGCUGGCACCAUGCGCAUCAACGGCCAGUUGGAGAGUGUGGUGCGGUCGGGCCGCCGCUUCUCACUCACCGUCAUCCUGCGCGACGAGUACGGACUGCCCGUGUCCACAAUCCUGGAGGGCGGCGAGUACAACGGCACCAUCCGCCUGCUGCGCCUGGACCUGCCCGCCGCCCGCGCCCUGCUGCGAGACACGCCCCAGCUGCUGCCCGCCCUGGCCGCGCCGCGCGACGGCACCACCUCCCUGUCCUGCCUGCCCGACACCACCGUCGUGGUGUUGGACAACCCAGACCCCCUCAACUCCACCGCCCUGACCACCAACGCCUCCGCCUGCAGCCCCGACAAGGCCGUUGCAUACCUAGUGGCGACCGGGGAGCAGGGCCUGUCGGUGUCGUUUGCGGAGCGCGGCACGCUGCAGUGGUCCGACCUGGAGGUUCGGGGGUGGCCGGGCGGCAACUACACACUGGCCAUCACCGUGACGGGACCCAGUCCGGUGAGCCCCGUGUUCCUACCCAUCUUCCUGGACGGCUGCGAUUUUGGCGAGUACCUGGACACGUCCCGCUCCACCUCCACCUCUACAUCAUCAUCCUCUACCUCGGCGUCCUCACCUGCCGAUGGCUCCGCUGACAGCAGCCUCAGCGGCGUGCUGGCGCAGCUGGAGACCGCCAGCUGCGUGCCCUGCCCGCGCCGCCAGCUGAGCCAGGUGUCUGACCCGCGGCCGCUACUGGGUGCGGAGGACAGCUUCCCCGCCAGCCUGCCCGACCUGCAGGCCGGAGUACACGCCGCACAGGCCGUGUGCGCGCGCUGCCCCGACCAUGGCGUGUGCCCUGGCGGACGGGUGGUUGUGCCGGAGCCCGGGUACUGGCACUCCUCCCCCACCAGCCUCUACAUGAUCCGCUGCCCCAACAAGGCCGCCUGCGUCGGCGACGGAGUCGUCGACGUCAGCGGCACCACCUCCACCGCCGCCACCAACACGGACAGCACCACGGUGGCCAUGGCCGAGACGCUGGACUCCAUCGGCAGUGCCGACACACGCACACUGCGCCUCGCCGUGUGCCAGGAGGCCUGGUACGCCGGCUCCAUCGACAAACUGCUGGCAGGCACCAACCGCCUCACGCUGCCGCCCACCAACCUCACCACCUGGCCCUGUGUGCUCGCCAACGACAACGGCCUGGUAGCCGGUGGUGGCGCGGCCUCACCUCAACUGUACACGCAGCAGCAGUGCGCGGAGGGCCACGCCGGCAACCUGUGCGCCGCCUGUCAGCCGGGUUACGUCAGUAGCCCCGACUUCACCUGCGAGCAGUGCCCCGAGGACGCCACCGCGCACACCGCGGGCAUAGCCUUCCUCAUGCUGUGUGUCCACGUCUACUUCAUCACGUGGCUGGCCAUCCAGCACUUCCGGGAGAUAGCGCCGCGACACAGCGACAAAGAAGACGGCGAUGACGAGGGCGCGGGCGGUGACAGCAGCGGCGGCAAGGAGGGGCCCGGCGACCGCGGCGGCGGCGGCAGUGAUGGCGGUGGCGAGUCGGCUUCGUUGGGAGAGGUGAUCAAGCUGGGUGUGCUGCACUUCCAGCAGCUUCUGAUCAUCUGGCGACUCAACAUUGACUAUCCGCCCAUCAUUACGCGCUAUGUGGGCGCUAUGGGCGCCGCCACCACCUCGCUGACCAGCUUCUUCGCCUACCAGCCCGCCUGCCUGUUGGGUCCCGAUCUGGACAGCAGCGAGCAGAGCCGGCUGGCAUAUCUGUACGGCGUCAUGUCGCCCUUCAUCGCGCUGGCCUGCAGCCUGGCGCUGUGGUCGCUGUGCUACGCCACAUUCCGCAAGUUCUUCUGGUGGUGGAGCGUCAACCACUCCGCCCGCCCGAGCCAGGCGCCGCAGCAGCGCCAGCACCAGCAGCAGUCUGGCGGCAGCAAGAGGGGCCCGGUGCUGGGGUGGGGCAAGAUCCACUCGGUGGUCAUGGACAGUGGCGGGGCCCCGCAGCCGGAGGCACUGGAGGUGCGUACGGCGGCGGAGGACGGCAGCGGCAGUGGCCGCCCGGGCGGCAAUGCUGGCGGACGGAGCAGCAGCGGCCUCGGCAUGCAGCACCGGAGGAAAGGUCACGCGGACACCGACAUGCCGGGCACCCAGUCGCCGUACAAGCCACCCCUGUCGGAGGAUGAGAUGGCGGUGCCGGCAUUGAAUGCCAAGACGGACUCCCCCACGGACUUCACGGCCCUGUGGCGCAUGCAGCUGUUUGUGGUCGUGCUGGUGGCUGUGUUCUACCUCUAUCCCGCGUGGGCGGAUGUGGGUCUCAGCACGUUUGCGUGUUUUGUGUUGGACGCCAGCUACGGCCCUAUCACGCCCGAUCAGAAGGCGGGCUACCUUUAUGGCUACUGGAUUGGCAACAUGAAUCAGGAGUGCUACACGGGCGAGCACGCGGCGUUCUUUGUUCCCAUCGGCAUUGCCAUCCUGGCAGUGUGCUGCCUGCUGCCGCCCGUGUUCACACUGGUCAGCCUGGGCCGCACCUCGCUGGAUGAGCGGCAGUACGACGGCAGGACGCGACUGAUGUACGGCUUCCUGUACAAGCCGUACAAGAGUUCGCUGUUCUGGUACGACAGCCUGAUGCAGCUGCAGGUGCUUGGUCUGGUGGCGGUGAGCGUGUUCGGCCGCGUCAUGCUGGUGGAGUACCAGGCGCUCAUGAUGCUGGCAGUGCUGCUGGUGUUCUCCUCAAUCAACGUGCUGGCGAGGCCGCUGACGUCGGAUGCAUUAAACAACCUUCAGUUCUUCUCCUCGGCAGUUCUUUGCACCACCAUCGCACUCAGCCUGUACUUUGUGCUUGGCGACUAUCUGCCCAUCGCGCAGGGAGGAGAGGUCGCUGUUGCGCUGAUCAUCAUUGUGAUGAACUGCCUGGUGGCAGCCAUCUUCCUCAGCCUCAAAGCCGUCGAGAUCCGGCAGCAGGCCGCAGAGGCCUGGGCCUGGCUGGCGCACGGCGGCUGCAGCGCCUGUGCGGCGCGCUACUGCUGCUGCUGCCAGCGGCCCGGCAGCUGGUGGCGGCGGUGGAGCGGGCCCAAGCAGGCGCAGCCGCGGGAUGCCCCCUUGGAAAUCAAUGACCUAGAGGAGGGCAUGCGGAUUCCCCUUGAAGCUGACCCCAACAGCAGCAAGCUCCCUGCAGACCCCAAUGACGGCAUCAGCGAUGGCGCCGGCAGCGGUAGCGGCCCGGCUGACAGGCAGGCGGAUGGCGAGUCAUGCAUGAGUGCGGCAUGGUGGAAGAGCUGCUUCCAGCCGCCGGCUGACGACCAGCCGCCUGCCUCAGCAACAGAAGCAGCAGCGGCAGGGGCCACCGCAGCGCCAGCAAACGCUGCUCGCGGCAUGGGGGCUGUCGCCGGUAAAGAGUAUGUGCACGUGGCCGGCCCAACAACAGCCACGCCCGUACUGCCCAUCGUGCCCAUUGUGCCGCUCAGCAUGGCCGUGGCGCUGGUCACCGCGCGUGUGGUGCCUGCUGACCCCAGCAGCAGCGGCAGCCACUCGCCGCGCAUGGGCGCCCGGCUGGACCCUGCUGCUGCGGAGCUGAUGCAGGAGAGCAUAUCCGUGGCCACACACGACAUCGCAAGCACCGGCAGCAGCACCGCCAGUAGUGUUGCCGGCACGGGAAGCAGUACAGCCUGCACAGCCCGCACGCACGUGCCUGCCAGCCCUGUGGCGAGCUGCACCCCUGCCCACAGUGACGGGCGCCCGAGCAACAGCAGCGACAGGGAGAAAGCGGCGGCCGGCGGUACCAAGACAGCAGCCAGUGUCGUGGACGGACCCCGAAGUGGCGGGUGUCAAGCGGCUGGGCUUGACAUGAGUGCGGCGCUGCUGGCGGCGGUGCCACCUCCUGCUCCGCCACCACCUGCGCUGCCACCGCUGCCGGCAGAUGAAAUUGACAACCCCCAGCCCCCGCCGCGGGCGCCGGCCCCAGCCGAGCGACGCAGCACUGGCAGCUGCAGCGGUGUGCAUGAGGCGGUGUGUGAAACCGCGCAAGUGGACGCGGGCGCCGCCACCACAGCAGCUGCCGCCGCCGCAACCAAGCAGGAGAGCAUGUGAUUGAGUGAUCUGGGGCGUCACACGAAGCCGUGCGCACGGGUAAAAGUCCAUACCACAGUGCGACUCUGCUUUGAGCAAGACAUUGCGGCAUCAUUGGUGACAUAGUACAAUGUUAAAUCAAUUGCUGAAGUGCACGAUGAAGGAUGAUUAGGGUAUGAGCGCGCAGAAGGUGGUUGUGGCGAGGCUUGUUAGGCCACAUAAAGGCAUGUUAAGGCACACGCACACGCACACACACACACACACACACACAUACACACACACACACUGGCAUUGCUGCCGUUGCUGCUACAGAUGCUGGUGUAUUUGUCUCAAUAGGGAGGGGAGGGCUCAGCCCUUUUCCUGCCUCCCUAAGGCAGCCACCUCCUUGUUGUCUCAAUUGCCGACACAUUCACGUGUAUGUGUUCCUUCGCAAGACUUAUGUCCUGCCAUCUAUGAGCACCCAAUGCAUGCAGCGCAUUAUGAGUUUUGAUGCUAUAGAUCAAUAAUGGGUGCGGGAUGGAUCUGACAACCGGCAUCUUGCUCAGUUAACGAGUAUGCUGCCGUUGAGGGUGUGAUCCUGGCCGGGAGCCGCCUCGCCCGCUACGAACCGAGGUGUGUGGGGUGAGGCCUGGCGAGGUUGGUCCUAAUCGGUUGUGGAGAGAGACCCGACUGGCAACCGGUGCUUGGCUGAUUUUGCACGUGAUGAUUCACUUGAUGCCUUCAUUCCUUUCUUCAUAGUGUGGCACUGAAAUGCAUUCUAAACGCGUGGUGUAUGCCGCGGAGGCUUGGCAUGACCUAGGCUUGAUGUGUUGCUCCUGUGAGUUGAGGUUCUGCUCUGUGAUGCUGUUUGUCAUCUGUUUGUUGCCUCCGUGUCAGGCGGGUUUGCCAGCCCAUACGGACCUCCGAAGUUAGUUCUGUGCCGGCCUGCCCGCGGGCGUGGGCGUGCCCCACUGCCCCAGAUCCAUCGGCAACUGCAUUUGGCUGAUGUGACUGUAAGUUCGCGUGAGCUGGUUAUUGAGAAUGCUUGUGGAGGCAUCUAAAUCUGAUCUAAUAUUGACGAAAGACCCCACUUUUGUUUUGGAGCGCGCAAGAUUGCAAGAACCCACGAGGAAAGCUU